GCACAGCUUGUCUACCUUGUUACUCCCGUGGCAGCUCCAGCAUGCACGUCUACCCUCGUGUUGUUUUGUGGCUUCAAGUCUGAGUGCACGUCUCACUCCUCUAGCAGCUCCUUCAGCACCACGCCAAGAGGACGCAGGUAUGCAGGACAUCUCUUCUUUUCCACAUGGCAGAAAGUUUUUUAAAAAAGAAUGGGAAAAACGCAGACUCUGGCUUUAACUCAUGAAUGUGAUCUAAUUUUAUGUCCUUUUUGCGCCUCUCUUUGUUAAAAGUGUGUUAUCUGUGAACCCGUCAAAGCUACAGGGGUCAUUAGGGGUCACUCUGAUCACGUCAAGGGCAAAUCUCACUUAACCCAAACAGAAAAAGUCCCAUUUUUCCAAAAUACACAAACCCCUUUUUAACUUUGACACUAAAAGCUAACAUUUUCAAGAUGUGGCAUCUGAUAUCAGAUUUUUCCCAUAUCACACAUUAGCACAGAAAGAAUGCUUUAAAUCUCCUCAAUCACUCGCCUCAGCAGGAGUCUGUGAUGGUUGGGAUAGGAUCAUUGGGAAUCCAAUUACUCAAGUAGGCUAGUAAAGCACAGGAGGAUCCCACAGGGGAACAGAUUGAUUGGUUUCUUAGAAGGUACAAACGUUUUAGAGUUUUAGAGUAGGGUAGACAAUAUGCAGCUUCUGUCAUUAAACUAGUGACGUCUGGAGGCGUCUGAGUCAGUCUGCUCACUUCAUUAGAGGUGCAAUGACAUGGUUUUAAGGACUUCAGCCAUGACAGCAGGAGAAAAUCAAUAACAGCAUUCAAUACGGACAAACUAUUAAUCACAAAUUUAGAUCUGAACAGUGAAAACACACUUGGCUCAGUAUUAAUGAGGUGAUUUGGCUCUUUGAAUUCACAACUGUGAGCUGGAAAUGUUUGUUCAAGGCCUCAUAAGCCUUUUUGUUGAUUCUGUCAAGCAGCCUGACUCAGAGUCAGAAGGUUUACUUGCUAAAAAGUUGUUGCAUAACAGGCGUGAAGAAAGUUUGCUUUGCUCCUGUGAGACCAAACAAAAUGUGUUUUAAUAUAUGAGAAAGAAAUUUAAAUCCAAACCUUCAAAUGUGUUAGCAGCCGACACUGUCAGUACAGUGGGGCACAAAAGAGGUUUUGGAACUAUCCAAAUUCACCCAGCUCUAAAUCUAAAUCUAAAUCUGUUGUAUAAAAGGACACUGCAAAGAGACUAAAAUGUUUAAAAAACUCCAGCAAAAAUGUAUUCCAUCAUUUUAACUCUUAAGAUUCAUCAUCCAGCCCUUUGAUGACACCAAAGUCAGUAGUAGAUGUUGUAAGACUGCCUUAAUGGAACACACAAGUAAACCUCUGGUGUUUCUGUGUCUCUAACAUAUAAUUUCAACAAUAAUACAAUGCCAAUAUCUGACCAUAUGUGCGCAAUACAUUCAUUAAAUCAUUUUUCAGGCCAAAAAGAUAUUUCUAUCAUUUUAUUUUAUUAUCAUAUUAAAACCUUUUUUUUUUAACCAGGUCAGUCUCAUUGGGAUCCGAGGUCUCUUCUGCAAGAGAGACCUAGCCAAGUAUGGCAGCACAUACACAUUACACAAAAUCACAUUAAACAUAAUUAUUCAUGAUACAAAUAACAGUUUGUUAUUUGUUGUAAGAUUUGUUGAAAUAAUGCACUCAAGUAAAACAAUUGCAUUCCUGAAGCCUGGAUGUCAUGGAAUUCAUCAUUGACUUAAAUACAUUUAAACCAAAGACGCAUUUUUAAAAUGAGGAUUAAAGCUUCGAAAAAAAUAAAAUAAAUAAAUCCUGCCAGAAACAAACUAGGGUCACCACUUCAGCAGGGUUGUGCCUAGAAAGGUGGCAAUGGUAUGCCCCCUAACCACAGAGUGGCCACCCCAACUACAAAAAUUAUGAUUGGGUAUUGUGAAAAUCAGAAUUUUGGACUUUAUUGUCGUAGCCUACUUUUAAAAACACCUAAUUGUGCUACCUUUUCUUUUACUAGUCUUGUAAUGUAUAAAAAAUGCUUCAUACAUAUAUUUUGUGUGCAUUGACAGGUAAAGAGGGGCUUCGGUACAUCAAAACUUGCAAGCAUACUGUUCACGUCCUUGUAACUGAAAAUAUGUUCAUCAGCAUUACAUCUACUUCAUGUCAUUCCUAUAACUGAGCCACCCUUAUCAAAAUAUGUCUUUUACAAAAUGCUGUAAACUUGUAAAUUUAUGAAUUAAUGGGUAACCACACCAUGACUUAUAGAUAAGGUUAAGUCGCGUUGUCCUUGUUACAAAUUUGGAUUUGUAAAGUAACUUCAUGAUCCAGAGGCCUUAAACUGAUAAUCAGAACAUUUCUGUAACCUCAAAUUUCAUUUUUAUUUACAUUCCUUAACAAACCUGGGAUAAAAUAUGAUCUACAGAGGAUAACAUAUUGUUUCUAGUAGAGCCACAGAAGUAUUACUGUAUUUAUAACAUGCAUCAAUGAUCUGAGCUCUGUUAUAGCCACAAUCCUUCAAUAAUGCAGAAAAGCAGAGAACAAUCUGCUGAUUGUCAGGGUCUUAUAGUGGAGGGACUGGUUUUGGAGUUGCCCCAAUCACAAGUUGGGUUUUGAAAUGACUUGAAAUACAAGCAGGGGUGUGUCUACAGGGACAUCCUGCGGUGGCAUGGCCCCCUUUUAAAACCUUACUCGCCAUCCCAAAAACCAAGGUUUUUUUUUUUUUUUGCCUUGUCAGAGGCUGAACAUAUAUUUGAUCAACUUAAGCUAUGCAAUAGAUUGCUAGUUUUAUUUACAUUUUUAAAUGUAUUUAUUUUUCGUUUAUUUGCAUGUGGCAUAUUUUCUUUUGUUUGUAAUUUAUACUAUUGAAAAUAUAUAUAGGGCACAUGCGUAGCAGAGAAAUCAGUCUAUCAAAGUUCUGCACACUAAAAUGUAUUUAUUGGCACUGUUUUGGUGCCAAGACAUUGCUAAAAAAUGCAUUAAAAAUGUUAUUAGAACACCAGCAGUGGUUAAGUUUACUUGUAUUUUCUUGUUAGUCUGGUUCAAUAAAAGGAACACCUUUACUUUGAACUUUUAUUUUGGUUUAUUUCCUAUCCCCUGAUCAGAGAUUUUAGUGGUUAUUCUUUGGAAUAAUUUCUAGAAGCCCCUCAAGGUCUGCAUUUGCAUCCUACUUUCCCAUAGCCUGACACCCCCUUGCAUAGGUCCAUGUAACAGCAGGACCACUCUAAUCUAAAAAAUUUGCAUAAACCCCUGAAUAAAUUUUAGGAAAUAAACAAUAAAUUUUUUUUCAAUUGAUUUGACAAUUUUGGACUUUGGAGGGAUAGUCAAAUUAAACUCUAGAUUAUAUUUAGCUCUGUUAGUGGACAUUAAUUUACUGGAGAAACACAGACAGGAGACACGUUGUGAACGUGAUACCAGGGUACACAUAGUGAGGGGCAAGUGCUGAGAGUGUCUAUUCUGGGGCCUGGCAUGGGGGUGAAUACUUUCUGCAAUCAAAACUGAGACAUGGCAAAAGGGAAGAAGAGGGUCACCUUGAUUUUUUUUGCAUGUAAGCAAACCUGUGCAUGGUUGUUAUCAAUAAUUUGGGAAAUUGUUUUUUAUGAAUCUGAAUCGUUAUCUCUCAGGGCCCAUAUUUAUAUCUCAGUUUUUGCAAAAACAGUUCGAACUAAGUGUUUCAGACAAAAUCAAGAUUGUGCCCCUUCCAUGUUCCAGCUCCCACGUCAUGUGAAAUCUCUGAAAUAGCUUCCACUCUUGGGUGACAGAUGGAGAUGUAUAUGGUGCCUAAACAUAGAAAGAUAUGCAAGUAGAGGCUAUAGAUAGGCACAGAACUGCAGCAAUACAGAGCAGUCAGUGAGCAACAUUUUCCAACCACAGUCCCACUGACAACACAGAGACCACAGACGUGUUGACAAAUAAGCUUGUUGCAUAUUGUUACCCCCAACCCACAAUGUGGAGGACUGUUUAUAAAUGUAUGAUAUCCUGAAGAUCUAGACGAGGAAUUUAAGGUCAAAAGAUUAGAUUCUGAUUGAAUUGGUGUGGUCUGGCUGGAUUGUCAGUAUCAUGAGGUACAUUAUUGCUACAGGUUCUUUCAUGUUUUACCACUAAGAAACCCAAAAGCCAAUGCAUCAACAGAAAAUGUAUGCCAUCUUGUAGCACUGUGUUGUGAAAAAAAUUACUGAAAUCCUGCCUCUGACUUGGCAGACAGCCAAUCAUAGUUAAGGAUUUUCUGGUGGAAUCCAGAGUUGUCGACCAGAUCUCAAGGGGGGCCAUGCCACCUUGCUGGCCACCUCUGGACAUGCCCCUGAGCACCUUUAAAUUUAUACUCAAUAUUUAACUGACCCACUGAAACAUGAAUUGCCUAGCAAUGUCUUUACAGAAAUUUGGUCUUAGUUCAAAAUAAUGUCCCAGUUGGUUUGCUCACUUCGUCAAGAAGGACUGCAAUCACUGCGAAAAACAGGAACAAGUCUUAUACCGUUAAACAGCUUUUGGAAUGAUCGUGGGUGGGUUCUGAUACCUUUUGACAGGAUUAUUUGCUGCACUUUUUGCAAGGCUGUGCUAAUUAUCUAACUACGGCUAACAGCUCGAGAACAGACAUGGUCUGCUUACUAAAGUCCAAGCUAAGUCCAAGUUUUAACAUCUCUAAACUGUAGAUUUGUUCUUUUAAAAAUGGUGACUUUGCAGUGGUGUUGGCUUUGUUAAAUGUAUUUUGGUAAUUGUUGGUGAUUUAUCUUGACCUUUCUGUGCUACAAAGUGGCUGAUAAGGCUAACUGGUCUGCAACAGUACUAUCUAUCUGAUCUACUUAUCAAAACAAGUUGAUAAUGUACAAGUCGGUCAUAUACACAUUUAUGUGUUCAUGCAGAUUUAAAUGUCUUUUUGUGCCUUUUUUAUUUGCAGUGCAUUAGAAAUUGUCUCAGAUGUUUUAAUGUGUUUUCCACAUAGACUGUUAAUACUAUGGACAACUUGGUUUCGCCUUCCGCCAGUGUGCGGAUUUUAAGCCAAAAAGCUCUCAGUAUUUCCACAGUUUUUCUUCAGUUCCUGAAACCAGCAUUGCGCAGUUAUGUUGUACGCAUUUGGCAGGAGAGUCGCCGAGAGUCGCUGUAAUGACGCUCGGCUCAAACAGCGUAUCCCCGGGUGAGCUACACAAUCUUCGUACGCCCAAAGGCUGUAUCAAGUGUCAAUCAUAGAAAACAUGGAACCUCUAAUAACUUUUAAAAACGGAGCUGCACAGAAAAAAGAGGACUUGAGCAUGAAUCACAAGCAGGGGGGAGAAAAAAUUAUAUUCUGUUUAAUGAAUUUCUAAGGUUUGUCCACAGUCCCAUAAGCUUUGCUGACAGAGGUGGGAUUUAUGACCUAUACUGCAGCCCGUCAACAGAGGGUGCUGUUCUUGGAGUGGCUUCACCCAGCAAGGAGGCAGAUGGCGUCCAUUCUUUACACAGUCUAUGGUUCUCCAUCGUUUCUGAAUUUGCAGCUUUUUUCCUCCUCUAGGGAUGAUUGUUUUGGUCAUUGCAUGUCUGUUAGCCCUGUUACCAACUGCAAAAACAACAACCCCCCCCCCCCCCUAUGAAUCAAUUUCAGUCAGCAAAUCAAAAUAUGCAUGUGUGGAGCUGUGUUUAUUUUUUCUAUUUUAUUUUAUUUAUUUUUAUUUGCACUGCAGAUAUCAAAAAAUAUAAUUUUAAGAAACAAUACAGUUACUUUAUUAAAAGAUGAGGGAAACACAAUUCAAAUGGCCCAUUAAAAGUUAAUAAGUUAAAUAUAUAGCCCUCAUAAUCUGCUCUAUAAUUUCUCUUUGUAGGCACCAUCCUUCAUUCUGGAGGGUAAGGACCCAGCUGAGUCCAGGAGGGGGGAUGGAGGAGGCAGGGAGGUCUCCCUCAGCCCCGGCCCUUCUGCUUUGCCUCUGACCCAGACAGAGAGUCCCGGACCCUGGCAAAGCGAGAGCCUGCUAGCAGAGUCAUGGUCCACAAUGGGUGACGUGGACCCAGAGGACACUAAGAGCCUAGACAGCAACGAUGGGGCAGUUCAGGCUGGGGAGGAGAACCAUUCCUCUAACUCUGACAUGGUCCAUCUAGAGCGAGAGGAGGUGGAGAUGCUCGAAGAGGCAGAGGACGAGGUGGAGGAAGAGGAUGAGCUGCACUCGAGUGUGUUAAGUGUUUUAGGUGGAGAGAAGGAGCUGGUUGAGAUGAGGGAGGAGGCACAGGACCUCCAAGCCCCAGAAACUGAGGGGCUCCUGGUGUCAGCAGAGGAGCCUCGAAUGGAGAAGGAGCCUGCUGAGUUCAUGCAGGUGGUGCCCCCAAUGGCUUUGCCUCCUUUACCUAUCGUCAGGCUACACCCUCCUUCUACUACAUCCACACCCGUCCCUUCAACCACAACCUCUGAAGCUGAGGAGCCUUAUAGCACUGAAGGGCUCCACCCUCCAUUCAUCCUUGCACCAAUGGCAGUAGAGCUUCCAACAGAGAGUCCGGAGCUGCUAAAAUUCUCACAGAUUCCCCUCUCUGAUGUGGAGGAACAUUCUUCUGAAACCUCUGAAGCAGCGAUAGAAAAGUCAGAGCCUCAGCCCUCCCCUCUACCAAAGACUAUCAAACCUAAGAGCUCCACCAAGAGGCUGUUUGAAGGUGCUGCUUUAGUGGCUGUUGUAGGAGUCGUAGCAUAUGGUGCUAUUGCCUUCUGCAGAAAGUAGAAACCCUCAUCUGUAACCCUGCAUCACCCAUCCGUACAUUCAGGUCUUUAUUUUUUAAUAUAUUCCAAAAGAAAUAUUCCACUUUCGUCUCUGAAUUCUGAAUAUUACUCUCUGACAAUUCUCAUAUCAUAGUCAAUAUCACACACAUUUAUUUGAUUCAUUUUGUGCUACCUCAGCUCACAUCCGAGCUCAUGGCCUUUGUUCUUUCUGUAUGCAAUAGAUCUCUGAGGAAGCCCAGCCAGUAAAAUCAAACCUACGAUGUGAAAUCUAUCGUGUAAGGUGUCAUUUUAAAAAACCUCAAAACCUGUUU